GGCUAAUAAGACCUUAAAUGUGAUAAUCACACUUUCCUAUUACCAGGAAACUGAAACCGUUGCGCAUGUAUUGCUACAGUGCGAGAGGGACAGAGCAAGACUGCGUUCUAGUAUGAGGGGGAUACAGGACAUCCGUUUAAAGAGUAUAUUGAGUAGAAUCUUAUAUAUAAACCCUACCUGCCAGCAACGGUGCUGGAAAGCUACGGAAGUGGUGCUGGCAGGGUUUAGUUUCUCCACACUCCAGUACAGUACAGUAAGUGGAGGUAAUGCACCAUUACGUUGGAUGCUAACCGCUGAUAAACCCCACCGAAGAAGAAGACGAAUAUUUGGAUGAGGACGCAUGCGGUCACCUUUACAGGAAUAAUUUUGCAAUGAAUUCCAACAUAACGUCAACGGAACCAUCGGACGACUGGGGUGACAUAAGUGAUGCAGAAUUACUCGAUGUACAGUCAGAGCAUCUCGCCCCUCCUGACCGGUCCAGUCCGACUCUCGGUGGGAAUGUUGGUGAUGAUGGUCAGUCCCUUGAAACAACAGAGAAGAGGAUCGAUUACCUUAUUAAAAAAUGGCCUAACCUCGCUCCCCUGUUCGAGAGGGUGAAGAACCGGAGCGCUGCCUUGUCUGUCCCUAACCAGAGCCCAAUGGAGAGAUUCCUUAAACGUCACCUCAGCGUUACACAGCUAUGUGAGCAGUCUUGGUGUGAGAUCAAAAUGGCCUAUGGGUUCAUUAAGCCUAAAGUAAGGAUGCUAGAGAUGCAAAAUACAGAAGUGACAACUGGGGCCAGUAUUCAUCUCGCCAGAGAACUGGAGGUGAAACCAAAUGUUGUGACUGUGGCUGCUGUCACCAGGGAGGACAGGGAGGCUCUGAAGCUAAUCAACAUACUACAGAUGGUCCCAGCUUUAGAGGCAGGCCAGCUUGUGCGGGAGUUCCCAGUGUUUGGUGUGUUGGAAGGGAUGUUCUUCAUGGGUGUGGUUGAUGAGCUGUAUCGUAGUGACUCUGGGGAACUGGUCCUGAGUGAACUGAAGACCCGCAGUCACAACUCUCUGCCCCGCCCAGCCCAGACCAAGGGACACGCUCUACAGGUGGGUAUGUACAAGCUCUUGUUUGAUUCCAUGGUAAAGGGUUCUGUGAAGAGGGACCAUCUCCUCCACAACCUUCAGCUGGAUCCUAAUCGGGUCCUUGGAUCAGACCUCCAGACCCACACCCAGUCACUGGGCCUCCAGGCAGUCACGUUCAGAGAGCUCCUUGACCACCUACUGGUCGUCCUUAUCUGUUCUAACCUCCAUGCUAUCGACAAGCUACGCCUGGAGUAUAGCCACCAGAGCUCCGGAAAGCUCAUUGGCACCAGGGAGGUAGCGUUUGAGGAAGCCCAGCUUAGGACUAAUAUCAGGGGCUACCUGGCUUACUGGAGGGGCGAGAGGGUGCCCCAGGGAGUGGAAGUGGAGGAGGCCUGGAAGUGCAGGAUGUGUCCCUAUGAGGAGACCUGUGACUGGAGGAGGGAUAGAUCACAAAGGCUAAUGAUGGUGAAUAAGAGAGCCAAGUUGGAGUGUCCUAAGUCAGAUGAUCCCAAGCCGAACGGUUCGGAUUUGAAUGGGUCGAAAUUGGGUGUCGAAUACCGGUAGUUCUCCUGAAUUAAAUAGCCCUAAACAUACAGAACCCCAGGCAUGUCUCCUGUAAUACUUUUCUGGGUGUAGUGUGAAGUUCAGGAAGGUUCUAUCUAUGUAUCAUUGAAGGUGUAAGCCUAUUAAGCAAUAUUAAAGUCAGGUUUGUUUAGAGCUAAAGUGCCUUCAGAAAGUACACACCCCUCGACUUUUUCCACAUUCUGUUGUUACAGCCUGAAUUUCAAAUGGAUUAAAUCGAGACAUUGUGUCACUGAUCUAUACACAAUACCCCAUAAUGCCCCAAAAAUGAAAAGCUGAAAUGUCUUGAGUCAAUAAGUAUUCAACCCUUUUUAUGGCAAGCUUGAAUAAGUUCAGGAGUAAACAUGUGCUUAAUAUGUUACAUAAAUUGCAUGGACUCACUCUGUGUACAAUAGUGUUUAACAUGCUUUUAAAAUUAUUAUCCCAUCUCUGUACACCAGUGAUUCCCAACCAGAGGUACUAGGACCCCUGGGGGUACUUGGCCGAUCCACAGGGCGUACCUGGGAAGACACACCUGAGUCCAUAGGCUUACUGGUAAAAAUGCACAUGAGGGGGUACUUCAGGGGUACUCCGGGCAGAGCUAAAUUUAAUUGGUGGUACAGUAACCCGAAAAAGAUUUGGAACCACUGCUGUACACCCCACAUACAAAUACCUGUAAGGUCCCUCAGUCGAGCAGUGAAUUUCAAGCACAGAUUCAACCACAACGACCAGGGAGGUUUUCUAAUAGUUCGCAAAGAAGUGGACCUAUUGGUAGAUUGGUAAAAAAGAAAGAGCAUGCAUUGAAUAUCCAUUUGAGCAUGGUGCAGUUAUUAAUUACACUUUGGAUGGUGAAUCAAUACACCCAGUCACCUCAAAGCUACAGGCGCCCUUCCCAACGCAGUUGCCGUAGAGGAAGGAAACCGCUCAGGGAUUUCACCAUAAGGCCAAUGGUGACUUUAAAACAGUUAGAGUUUAAUGACUGUGAUAGGAGUUAACUGAGGAUGGAUCAACAACAUUGUAGUUACACCCCAAUACGAACCUAAAUGACAGACUGAAAAGAAGGAAGCCUGUACAGAUUUAAAAUAUUCCAAAACAUGCACCCUGUUUGCAAUAAGGCACUAAAGUAAUACUGCAAGAAAUGUGGCAAAGAAAUUAACUUUUUGUCCAGAAUACAAAGUGCUAUGUUUGGGGCAAAUCCAACACAUCACUGAGUAACACUCUUCAUAUGUUCAAGCAUGUUGGUGGCUGCAUCAUGUUAUUAGUAUGCUUGUCAUUAGCAAGGACUAAGGAGUUUAAAAAAAUAAAUGGAAUAGAGCUAAGCACAGGCAAAAUACUAGAGGAAAAUGUGGUCAUCUGCUUUCCAACAGACACCUUUCAGCAGGACAAUUACCUAAAACACAAGGUCAAAUAUACACUGGAGUUGCUUACCAAGGCAACAUUAAAUGUUCCUGAGUGGCCUAGUUACAGUUUUGACUUAAAUUGGCUUGAAAAGCUAUUGAAAGACUUGAAAAUGGCUGUUUAGAAAUUAUCAAUAACCGGUUUAUGAGCUUGAAGAAUAAAAAAAAUAUAAAAAAUGUGCAAAUAUUGUACAAUCCAGGUGUGCAAAACUCUUAGAGACUUACCCAGAAAGACUCACCGCUGUAAUUGCUGCCAAAGGCGAUUCUAGCAUGUAUUGACUCUGGGUUUCCAUUAAAUAAAAAAGUUCAAUGUCAGUGGAGAGAGCGAAAAAUCAAGAGUAUGUUGUGUAGAUCGUUUGCAAAAAAAUACUAUUAAAUCUGUUUUAAUCUCACUUUGUUACUUUAAAAUGUGGAAAAAGUCUAGGGGUGUGAAUGCUUUCUGAAGGCACUGUAACUACUUAUAAGUGUAUAUUCCUUUUUUAUAACUAUCAAAAUAUAUAUGUUCACUUUUUGUACACUUUUUUUAUACUGGGAAAAAUAUUUUGAAUGCCAUGAAAUGCAAUGCAAUAAAUUUAAAGGAUGAAUGAGUGUAAUUUAGUAUGAGAUAUUUUCAAGGAAGCACAGAAUAAAACCAAGCAUGAACUGCUGUUGCCUCCACCAUUUCCUCCACCUGGUAGCGCUAGUGUGUUUCCAUAUGGAAACGCAACGGGUGAGAGGAGGGUGAUAACAUUGGCACCAGACAAGUGUCGCUCUCCAGUUGUCCAUUAGUAGCAUAGUUGACUAAAUGGUUCAUAAGCGCGCACGUGAAACACUUUUUCCAAUGUGAUUGAUGAAUGAAUUUGCUUCUAGUUUCAACCCUAUAGAAACACCAUGUACAGUUGAAGUCGGAAGUUUACAUACACUUUAGCCAAACACAUUUAAACUUAGUUUUUCACAAAUCCUGACAUUUAAUCCAAGUAAAAGUUCCCUGUCUUGGGUCAGUUAGGAUCACCACUUUAUUUUAAGAAUGUGAAAUGUCAGAAUAAUAGUAGAUAAUUAUUUAUCAGCAUUUAUUUCUUUCAUCACAUUCCCAGUGGGUCAGAAGUUUACAUACACUCAAUUAGUAUUUGGUAGCAUUGCCUUUAAAUUGUUUAACUUGGGUCAAAUGUUUCGGGUAGCCUUCCACAAGCUUCCCACAGUAAGUUGGGUGAAUUUUGGCCCAAUCCUCCUGACAGAGCAGGAGUAACCGAGUCAGGUUUGUAGGCCUCCUUGCUCGCACACGCUUUUUCAGAUCUGCCCACACAUUUUCUAUAGGAUUGAGCUCAGGGCUUUGAUGGCCACUCCAAUACCUUGACUUUGUUGUCCUUAAGCCAUUUUGCCACAACUUUGGAAGUGUGCUUAGGGUCAUUGUCCAUUUGGAAGACCCAUUUGCGACCAAGCUUUAACUUCCUGACUGAUGUCUUGAGAUGUUGCUUCAAUAUAUCCACAUAAUUUUCCUACCUCAUGUUGCCAUCUAUUUUGUGAAGUGCAUCAGUCCCUCCUGCAGCAAAGCAUCCCUACAACAUGAUGCUGCCACUCCCGUACUUCACGGUUGGGAUGGUGUUCUGCGGCUUGCAAGCCUCCCCCUUUUUCCUCCAAACAUAACGAUGGUCAUUAUGGCCAAACAGUUCUAUUUUUGUUUCAUCAGACCAGAGGACGUUUCUCCAAAAAGUACGAUCUUUGUCCCCGUGUGCAGUUGCAAACCAUAGUCUGUUUUAUUAUGGUGGUUUUGGAGCAGUGGCUUCUUCCUUGCUGAGCAGCCUUUCAGGUUAUGUCGAUAUAGGACUCGUUUUUACUGUGGAUGUAGGUACUUUUGUACCUGUUUCCUCCAGCAUCUUCACAAGGUCCUUUGCUGUUGUUCUGGGAUUGAUUUUCACUUUUCACACCAAAGUACGUUCAUCUCUAGGAGACAGAAGACCUCUCCUUCCUGAGCAGUAUGACGGCUACGUGGUCCCAUGGUGUUUAUACUUGCGUACUAUUGUUUGUACAGAUGAGCGUACUAUUGUUUGUACAGGGAGCGUUGCUCCUAAGGAUGAACCAGACACAUUUCUUUUCCCUGAGGUCUUGGUUGAUUUCUUUUGAUUUUCCCAUGAUGUCAAGCAGAGGCACUGAGUUUGAAGGUAGGCCUUGAAAUACAUCCACAGGUACACAUCCAAUUGACCCAAAUUAUGUCAAUUAGCCUAUCAGAAGUUAUGACAUAAUUUUCUGGAAUUUUCCAAGCUGUUGAAAGGCACAGUCAACUUAGUGUAUGUGAACUUCUGACCCACUGGAAUUGUGGUACAGUGAAUUAUAAGUGAAAUAAUCUGUCUGUAAACAAUUGUUGGAAAAAUGACUUGUCAUGCACAAAGUAGAUGUCCUACCCGACUUGCCAAAACAAUAGUUUGUUAACAAGAAAUUUGUGGAGUGGUUGAAAAACAAGUUAGACUUCUGACUUUUUGUAUGAACUAUCACUAUAUGUAAUGCUUUUAUUUUCCACAUUAAAUUACACUAUAUAUUCCACAUACAUUUGAAUAUAUAAUGUAUGUGGACACCCUUCAAA